AGUCCAAAGCUCUGCGCAUGCGCAACGGUGAGCCUCGCAUCAAGUCGCUAUAUGAGACCGGGCGCGGAUACAGAUGCAGUUUUCUUAAACAGCCGCACAAAUGGAUGGAACCGAAACGAACCAGAGGAACUGCGCGAAAACCGAGCAACAGAAGAUGUUGGAUUCGGGAGGAAACCAAAGUGGAUCAAAGGACAGAGUGACUCUUAAAAAAGAAAUCGGUCUCUUGAGCGCCUGCGCCAUAAUUAUAGGCAACAUUAUUGGAUCAGGGAUCUUCAUCUCUCCAAAGGGGGUUCUAGAGCAUGCAGGCAGUGUUGGGUUCUCUCUCAUUGUGUGGGUUCUCGGAGGAGGGAUCUGUGCCUUGGGUUCUCUUUGCUAUGCAGAGCUUGGCGUCACCAUUCCCAAAUCAGGUGGAGACUACUCCUAUGUGACAGAGAUCUUUGGAGGACUGGUGGGGUUUUUGUUGCUCUGGAGUGCAGUGUUGAUCAUGUAUCCAACGACUCUUGCUGUGAUCGCACUUACCUUCUCUAACUAUGUCCUCCAGCCUGCCUUCCCAAACUGCCUUCCUCCAUACAUUGCCACCCGACUCCUCGCAACCACCUGUGUCUUGUUCCUGACUUGGGUGAACUGUUCCAGCGUUCGCUGGGGAACCCGAAUCCAGGAUUUCUUCACUGUGGGGAAGCUGCUGGCUCUGGUCCUCAUUAUAGUAGUUGGAAUCGUCCAGAUUGCCAAAGGACAUUAUGAUGCAUUGGAACCACAGGCAGCGUUUAGGUUCAUAAAGGAUCCAUCAGUGGGUCAGAUUGCUCUGGCCUUCCUUCAGGCCUCCUUCGCCUACAGCGGAUGGAACUUUUUAAACUACGUCACUGAAGAGUUGGUCGAACCUCGCAAGAAUCUUCCUCGUGCAAUCUACAUUUCCAUCCCAUUGGUGACGCUCGUCUAUACUCUCACCAAUAUUGCUUACUUCUCCUCCAUGACACCUCAAGAGCUGCUGGAGUCUAAUGCUGUCGCUGUGACAUUUGGAGAGAAGCUAUUAGGGAUGUUCUCCUGGGUGAUGCCAAUCUCUGUAGCUCUUUCCACCUUUGGAGGGAUUAAUGGAUAUCUGUUCACCUCCUCCAGGUUGUGUUUCUCAGGAGCGAGAGAGGGCCAUCUGCCCUACCUGCUGGCUAUGCUUCACCUCAAGAGCUGCACACCAAUCCCUGCCCUACUUGUUUGUUGUACCGCCACUAUAGUGAUCCUGUGUAUCGGCGACACUCAUAACCUGAUAAACUACGUGUCUUUUAUAAACUACCUCUCCUAUGGAGUCACUAUAGCUGGGUUGCUGUACUUCAGAUACAAGAAACCCAAACAGUUCAGACCAAUUAAGGUAAACCUGUUGGUCCCUUGCAGUUAUUUAGUAUUCUGGGCAGUUUUACUAGGCUUCAGUCUGUAUUCGGAGCCAGUUGUGUGCGGUAUGGGACUGGUGAUCAUGCUCACUGGUGUGCCCAUCUACUUCAUUGGAGUGCAAUGGAAGAACAAACCACAAUGGAUUUACAGAGCUUUGGAGAGAGUGACGUAUCUUGGGCAGAAGAUGUGUUACGUGGUGUUUCCUCAGGAAGACCCAUCUGAAAUACAGCCUCUUAAAGAGAAAACUAUCAAAUCCGACCUGUGAGCAUCGGCGGAGAUCUCGCACUCCCGCUUGGAAUAUUGAAGAUCCGUUUUUAUCCGUUGUUAAGUGUUUGAUGCUGUACGUGAGGAGAUGUUCUCAAGAAGUUCCUCUAAGACUCAGCCAUUACAGCAGAAGAAACAGUGUUACACUUCUUGAUAUCGUUCUCCCUUUGCAAAUAUUUGUUCUAGACAUCAACCGUUCUCAUUUUGAAAGUGGAUUCUCUGGGAGUUUUGAGAACUGUUUGUGUAUCCUCGUGUGCCUUACAUGAUCCCUCUUUUAUUACUAUUAGUAGACUUUUUAUUAGUUUAUUAAGUUCCCUAUAAUGGAGAGAAAGGGACGCGUGCGGCUUACGGAACCUGUUUACCUCCCUAACCCUGUUUUUAAACCUAAAUCCAGUCUGUAAGUCUGAACUUUCUCACCUAGAGGACAAGACCCAGUCCUCUUAAUAUUUACUUACUCCUUCAAGCAAAAAGUAAUAAUAUAUUGCUUCGCUCAACCAUCUAUGCAAGAUUAGAUUAUUUAUGUGUAGGCAACUUAUAUAUUUAGGGCAUAUUUACCUCUUAGAGGAAUUGCACGAUAAACAUUGCUAUGCUUUUUUUUAAAAGUACUUGCUACUCUUGCCGCUGUCUAACAGAGGCCCUGCUUCAGCACUUUCUAUAACUCUGCCAAUUACUUCUGCCACCUAAUGCAAAUGAUAGAAACCAUGGGAUGGCCCAUUAUUCCAAGUUUAUUCAUUACUUCAAUGGAUAAUGUUGUCCACACAAAAGGUGCUUGAAAUUUCAAGACUGUCUUUGGCAGACAGUUUCAACAUUUGUACACAACAAGAAGUAGUCAUCCAUUCACUAAUGCCUUUAGAUAACUAAGAAAUGUGUCUCUUUUGACUGGGAGGUCUUUAUUUUGGACGAGAGGAGGGAAUUCUCUGGCCACUUCUCAGUAUUUAACAUGGACAUUCCAUCGAGUUGUUAUAAUAUAGAUCGCUUCAUUUUAAAUUGUCCACACUUCACUUCCGCCCAACAUUUUGUGAUGGGAAUCCAAAUGUUGUUGUUUUUUUGGUGGGAAAACCCUAAAGCACAGAUCUUUAUUGACGAGUCUCCUAAUCCAAGGAUCCAGCCUACAGCAGCAAUGCACGUUAUUGAAAAGAACAGACGAGUGAAAUCUUAAUGUAUAUAUUGGUUAAAAUUUCAAUUACAUCAGGGAUUUAUUGUGAGAUCGCAUUCCUGAAAUUAGUGAAGUGAGAGGCAUGUGUAUGAUCUAUACAUAUGUUAUAUAAUGAUAUGCACUAUAGAUAUGUAUGCUGAUAUAAUUGUGUUUUGUAAAAAAAGUUAUAUCAAUAACAAUAUUAGCACAUUAAAUUUAAUUCUGGAAAAGGG